CCUCCUCGGGCCUUGUUAUCCCCCUUUGAAGAUGGACUCCACUCCGAUGGCUAAUUGAUUAUGCAAAGGAGCAGGUUCCCAGUCUGAUCCGCAAACCCAAGGAAGGUCUCCCCUCUUGCCCCCAUCUCUCGUCCUCGGCUGCUCCUAUGCCGAUCUGACAACAACGGCUUCUUUCCUCGCAAUGCCAAUGGCAGCUGACGACCCAGCUAACAACAUGGUCGUCGCCCAUGUUCUUGCCCGGUGAACCAAACGAACCAUCCAUUACAGAGCGUACAGUACCUGAGCAAGCUAAUAAGGUGCUUAUUACUACUCCAUGGUUUUGAUGUUCCAUUCCAACCUCAAUGAUGAAACACAGGCUUCCCCUGUGAGAAAGAUAAUUCCAAUCUUCUGUUGAAGAACCAAGAUAGCACGAAGAUGGAUCUUGUGGUAGGUGCUUCAGAAUCAACCAUCAACAGUCUUGUGGGCAAGCUGGGCAGUCUUCUUGCCCAGGAAUAUGCUCUGAUAAGGGGCGUACGUGGUGACAUCCAGUACAUCAACGAUGAGCUCGCCAGCAUGAAGGCCUUCCUUCUUGACCUCACCCAGGAUGACCACGAUAAUCGGAAGAAGGACUGGAUGAAGCAGAUCCGUGACAUGGCCUAUGACUGUGAGGACUGCAUAGAUGACUUUGCCCAUCGCCUCCCCAAGGAUUCAAACUUUUCUGGCAAGUGCUGCUGCCCAUGGCUGGCCGCACUGCUUUAUGACCUCUGGACGUGCUGGCCUCGCCAUGAAAUUGCUUCCAAUAUUGCAGAGCUCAAGGUCCGGGCUCAACUAAUCGCGGACCGACGCAUGAGAUACGGAGUGGAGAGCCCAAAAGGCAGAGAAAGCAAUGACUCGUCUGAUGAUGUCCCUGGGUACGACGAAAUUGCUGAGGAUCAGCUCCCAAGGCGUGAGAUGACUAUGAAGGAGCCUGUCGGAACGAGGACUGUCAUGGAGGAACUUGAGAAGUGGGUCGAGAACAAAGCUGUAAAGGACCGAACUGUCGCAUCCAUUGUUGGAUUUGGGGGUGUGGGAAAGACCACGAUUGCCAUGGCGCUGUUCAAUAAAGUUAUGAAAGAUUUUGACUGCCGGGCUUGGGUCACUGUGUCUCAGAACUAUGAUGAAGAAGCCGUUUUCCGUGAUAUUCUGAGUCAAAUCAUCCCAGAUUACAAUCAGCAAGACAGUUAUGAAAACACUGAGAGAAGGAAUACAGAGAAAUGCAUUCCAGGCCAAUUCAAACGAGCUUUACAACUCUGCCGAAGGCACACACCGACAACACAGCAUGACAAUUCUGGGCGGUCCAAAUUGACUUCAGCAACAACGGUAAAGGAGCACCUGCAGGAAAAGAGGUAUAUCAUCUUAGUUGAUGACAUAUGGUCGGCAGAAACAUGGAAGCAAAUAUCACGUUGUUUGCCAGAUAAUAAUAGAAGCAGCAGAAUAAUAGUUACUUCAAGACUUCGUUCUGUUGGUGCAGCCUGCUACCAGAGUGAAAAAGAUCAUAUCUUUUCAAUUGAUUUUCUCUGUGAUGAAGAUGCCGAGAUGUUAUUCAAGCAGAGUGUUUCUGAAUCGAAAUGCCGCAAUGAUGGUGAUGCCAAUAAUUUAUCCAAGCAAAACCAGAAACACAGCGACAAGGAAAUAAUACACCAUGGAGAAUUAUGGAGAAGGUGUGGGGGCCAGCCUUUGGCCAUAGUCACCAUGGCUGGUCUUGUGGCCUGCAACCAAAACAAACCGACGAAGUAUUGGGAUAAGCUUUGCAAAAGAUUGCCAGCACGAGAGACUUCCGUUACUGAGGUGUUUGACAAACAAGUAAAUUCUCUUACUCUGGAAGGAGUUAAAAGGAUUCUUGAUUGUUGCUACAAUGAUCUGCAUGGAGAUCUCAAGACCUGCUUAUUGUACUUAGCCAUGUUUCCAAAGGGUUGUAAAACUAGUAGGAAGUGUGUAACCCGGCGAUGGAUAGCUGAAGGUUUUGUUACUAAGAAGUAUGGGCUGACAGAGGAGGAACUUGCAGAGACAUACUUUAAUCAGCUUUUAAGAAGGAAGUUAAUACGUCCUGUGGAUCACAGCAGCAACGGAAAGCUAAAAACCUUUCAAGUACAUGACAUGGUUCUUGACUAUAUUGCAUCCAAAGCAAGAGAAGAGAAUUUUAUUACGGUGAUUGGUGGGCACUGGAUGAUGCCAGCACCGAGUGGUAAAGUUCGUCGACUGUCCAUGCAGAGCAGUAGUUCUAAGCCUGGAGAUUCAACAAAAGGCUUCAAUCUGUCUCAAGUGCGGUCGCUGACCGCUUUUGGGAACAUUAAUCAGCUGCGUUUUCAAGAAUUUAAUAACAGAUUAAUACAAGUCCUGGAUUUUCAAGGACUGAAGGGAGUUAGAGACAAACAUAUGAAUCACAUUUGUAAAAUGCUUAUACUGAAGUAUUUGAGCCUCCGAGGAACAGCUAUUACUGAAAUUCCACCGAGAAUUGGGAAACUUGAGUUUUUAGAAACACUUGACAUAAGGGAAACAGAUGUUGAAGAGCUUCCUGAAAAUGUAAGGAAACUAAAACGGAUCACUAGCAUACUUGGUGGGAGUAAAAACAAAAACCCACGGAAAGGGUUAAGGCUGCCUGAAGAAAAACGUAAGAAGCAACAGUUGCAAGAUAAAGAGGACGAUGGAAUGAAAGCACUGCGUUUGCAAGAUAACGAGGGUAAUGGGAUGAAAGCACUGCGCAUACUUUCUGGGAUCGAGAUCAACAAAACAACAGCUGUAGAAAGCUUUUAUUUGUUGACGGAGCUAAAGAAGCUGAGUAUUUACAAGCUGAGUAUAGAGGGUCCAGAUAAAAUUCAAAUCUUCGAACAACUAUUAUCUUCUAUUGAGUACCUUUGCAGCUGUGGUCUGCAGACUCUGGCAAUCAACGAUUUAGAUUCUGAAUUUAUCGAAUCACUAGACAAAAUGUCCGCAGCUCCAAGAUAUCUCGUUGCACUUGAGCUUUCAGGAAAGUUAGAAGAAACCCCAAAUUGGCUCCAGAAACUACACACACUGAACAAGUUAACCCUAUCUGUCACAGUUCUCAGGACAGGUACUUUGGAUCUCCUCUCCAGCAUGCCGCUGCUGUAUUCUCUCACAUUUUCAUUUAGUGGAGCCAAGCAGGAUAAUGAUAUAGUGAAUGUCCUCGAGAAGAAUAAAUCACAAUCUGAUGGGGAGAUCUUUGUUCCAAAAGGAUUCAAAAGCCUUAAGCUUCUUCGGUUCUUUGCACCUCGUGUUCCAAAGCUGGGCUUCUGUGACAACGCAAUGCCAGCACUUGAGAUUAUUGAGAUGAGGUAUCAAACCUUCGAAGGUCUGUUUGGAGUUAACACACUUGGCAAUCUCAAAGGUGUGCAUCUCAGAGAGGAGAAACUGGGAGAAAAAGAUGAGAAAACAAUAAACGGAUUCUUGUUAGAUGAUUUGAAAUAUAGCACAGAGGAACUGCAGGUAGCCAUUGAUCACACCUUCAUCACUUAUUGAAUAGUCGAAAUGCAUUUCUGCCAGCGAUCGCCCCCUUCGCAUGGAAUGGAGAUUGGAAUCUUAUAUAUAUUAUUCCCUGCUUUCUAGUUUGCAAAAUAAACAGUUGUCUGUCAUCCCAUGGCACUGUUAUUUGUCAUAGAUGUUUCUAUGUACUGCUGUGAAGUUCGGUUAUGCUAUUACAGUUACAGUGAUGGUCUGUUUAUUGUUCAGUUAUGGUUGCUCUAAUAAUAAAGUGGAGGACCCUCCAUGGCACACCAUUUGUAACCCAUUUGUAAUUUUGUUCGAUCAGUUGUAAUAUUACUCUGUACUCUUAUAUAAAACUCGCAAACUAAUUUAUUGUGGUGAAUCGUUGUUUUUGUAA